CUGUGGUCUCUCACUUCUAGCUUGUUGGCUGGUCUCUGAAACUGUUUCGAGCAUGCGUUUUGUCGUCGUUGUCCUCGCUCUCGUCACCAUCCUUGAUGGCGUGUUUGGCCUCGGCUCGUCCUGCAGUGCACCGAUGACUGGUGGUACAGCUGCUCCGGGGGAUCCCUACUGGAUGCAGACGAUCCAACAUCAGGGUACGUCGCCGUAUAACAGUGAUCCAAGCACCUAUCAAGAAUUCCGCAACGUGAAGAACUUUGGCGCCAAAGGAGAUGGUGUUACCGAUGACACGGCGGCGAUCAAUGCAGCUAUUAGCUCAGGCAAUCGCUGUGGCAAUGGUUGCGCUUCCAGCACGACGUCUCCCGCACAGGUGUUUUUCCCAAGUGGCACUUAUCUGAUCUCAUCUCCCAUCAUACUGUAUUACUAUACAGAGAUGGUUGGCGACGCCAAGGACAUGCCCACGCUCCUCGCUGCACCUUCUUUCAGUGGCAUAGCAGUCAUAGACGCAGAUCCUUCCACUUCCAAUGGCCAGUGGUAUGUCAACCAGAAUAACUUCUUCCGAUCUGUUCGUAACUUCGUCAUUGAUCUUACGAACACUCCGGCCACCGCUUCCUCUACUGGUAUCCACUGGCAAGUCUCCCAGGCAACCUCGCUCGUCAAUGUCGUAGUCAGCAUGUCUACUGCGUCGAACACGAACCAUCAAGGAAUUUUCAUGGAAAACGGUAGUGGUGGAUUCAUGUCCGAUCUUGUUUUCAAUGGAGGGAAGUAUGGUGUAUGGGUUGGGAACCAGCAAUUCACUGUUCGCAACAUCACCGUCAACAACGCGCAGAUCGGCAUAUAUGCAGGAUGGAACUGGGGGUGGACGUUCCAGGGAGUGACGAUCAAUAGUUGUCAGAUCGGAAUGGAGAUUGCUACCGGCGGCACCACUUCGGCAAAUCAGGCCGUUGGGGGCGAGGUUGUGAUCGAUGCCCAGGUUUACAAUACUCCCACAUUCAUUAGGACGACCACGAGCCAGCGCACGUCUUUGGCGGGUUCUAUUGUUCUGAGCAAUAUCUACCUGAGCAAUGUUGGAGCUGCUGUUGCCGAUCCAGAAGGAACAGUCUUGGCAGGCGCAACAACAACCAUUUCCCAGUGGGCACAAGGCAACGUGUACUCGGGAACGUCGGGCACGCCCCAAUACCAACAAGCUGCCUUGACCCCCCCGAACAAGCCUUCCACUCUUUUGGACUCUACUGGCCAGAUUUUCGCGCGGUCUCGACCUCAAUACCCGGAUUACCUACCUACUCAGUUCCAAUCUGUGAAAUCUAUGGGUGCCAAAGGUGACGGUGUCACGGACGACACUGCAGCGAUUCAGGCGACAUUUGAUCAGUAUGCUGGUUGCAAGAUCAUCUACUUCGAUGCGGGAACGUACUACGUUACGGAUACUAUUACUAUUCCUGCAGACACGCUCGUGGUCGGCGAGGUUUGGUCGGUGAUCCUCGGCGGGGGUUCGACCUUUUCGAAUGGUGCCAAUCCCGUGCCCGUCGUGCAAGUCGGUACCCCUGGUUCCACAGGAGUCUUGGAGAUCAGUGACAUCGUGUUCAGCACUCGCGGUCCAGCGCCGGGCGCCAUCAUCGUUGAGUGGAACAUCGGACCUUCAUCACAGGGAUCUGCUGGCGCUUGGGAUACACAUGUGCGCACCGGUGGCUUCGAUGGAUCUAAUCUGCAAUCUGCGACUUGUGCGAACACCACUGCUACAUUCUCGGCCUGUGAGGCCGCGUAUCUCGAUGUGCACAUCGCCUCUGGAGCAACAGCCUAUCUCGAGAAUUUCUGGAUGUGGACUGCGGAUCAUGAUCUCGACACUCCAGGAAACGGACAACUAAACAUCUAUAAUGGCCGCGGCCUCCUCAGUGAGUCGUCCAACGGCCCAGUAUGGCUGAUAGGCACAGCAUCGGAGCACCACACGAUGUACCAGUAUAACAUCGCCAACUCGCAAAAUGUAUAUGGCGGUUUGAUGCAAACCGAGACGGCUUAUUACCAGCCAAACCCAGCAGCAACGGCACCGUUCCAAUCCAGUACUACCUAUUUUGACCCGACCACCUAUCCCUCCGGAAUGGGAUGGUCCCUGUACAUCCAGAACUCCGGCAAUGUGCUGGUGUUUGGUGCCGGGUUCUAUUCAUUCUUUAACGCCUAUGACCCCUCUUGUCAGACAUCUGCAACCUGCAAUGCCCAGAUUGUUGAUGUGGUAUCUUCCUCCCCCGUCUCAAUCUAUGGGUUGGCGACCGUGGCGAUCACUUACCAAUUGAGCGUGAACGGCAGUCCCAUCGUUGCCGCGGCGAAUGACCACGACGGCUUUUCGGAUUAUAUGACUGCGUGGACCUCGUCCUAG